AUGGCAUUAGAUUCAUCGUCAUUGAAUUCAUUUAAAACAAAUGAACGUGAUUGUUAUCAAUGUGAACGAUCACCAUAUUCAUUUGUAACUCCAGCAGCCCUUAUUUAUCAUGCAACAGAUCGAAUUAAAUCAUUAGCAAGACCAAAAAUACGUAAAGAUACCACUAUUCGAGAAGGUUUUUCUCGUUAUAUAAGUGAUCCAACAUAUUCCGGUGUUAGUAAAGCAGCAGUUCGUGCUCAAUGUUCAUCGCAUCUGAGUGAUUUGGCGUUACCAUUAAAACGGCAUCAAUCGUUUACGUAUGAAUUACCUAUUCCACGACCUGUUUCACGUGCGGCACUUCGAUAUGAAGCAACAGAAAGAGUUCAUGAAUUAGCUGUACCGAAAAAACGGCACAGUGCUCGAUAG